AUGCCUGUCACGCCUCACAUGUCCUCUUCACCGUUUCUGUCACCCAACCACCAGUCACUCAACCACCGCCCUACAUCGCCGUCCUCGACCUCCCACUCCGCUUCGUCGUUCGCCUCGUUUUAUCCAUCGACACUCGCCGGCAUGGCCGACUCGACCCGCACGCGCCAGCAGUAUGCCCGCCUGCUGGCGGACCACGGCAACGACGACGACCACGACGGCGCCUACAGCCCAGGCAGUGCCAGCGUCGACAGUGCCAGCGAGGGCAGCAUCCAGAUGACAUCGGCGUCGUGGCAGCAGCGCGCGGCGGCGAAACGGGCGAAACGGGCGCGCGUGGCCCACGUGCAAAAACGGGUCGGCUGCCUGCCGCCCGCCCGCCGUUUCUGGGCCGACUUUACCCUGGGCUUCGCCGACGGCCUGACCGUGCCGUUUGCGCUGACGGCGGGGCUGUCGUCGCUGGGGCAGACGGACACGGUGGUGUACGCGGGCCUGGCCGAGGUCAGCGCAGGGUGCAUCAGCAUGGGCAUUGGCGGCUACCUGUCGGCGCGACAGGCUGCUACUCGACCCACGUCGUCGUCCGCGGGCGAAGACGAGGGUGAGGGCGAGGGCAGCAGGGAGCGGGGCCGCGACCGGGCCGACGUCGAGUCCGGCCCCGAGAUGGAGGAGACCAAGGCGGCGGAUAGCCCCGGGGCGGACAGUCUCACCACGGCACACCGCUACCUGGCGCCGCUGGCGCUGCCGGCCGACCUGCACCGGCAAAUGCUGGCCCACAUUGCGUCCCAACCGCACGUGGCCGCGAACCUCGUGGCGGCCAGCCAGUCGGCAGCGGCUCGUGUGGCCGGCGGCGACGACGACGGGGAAUACGGCUACGGCGCCGACUACUACGCGCCGCCCGCAAAAGACGGCCGCGGCGACGACGGCGACGACGGCGACGACGAUGCUGUCUGGCCCGUGGCGGCUGGCGCGUCCGUCGCGCUGGGGUAUCUGGUGGGCGGCCUGCUCCCGCUGUGGCCGUACUUUUUCGUCACGCACGUCGGCGACGGUCUGCGGUACAGCUUUGCCGUUUGCAUUGUGGCCCUCUUCCUGUUUGGCUUCAUCCGGGACUUUGCCCUGGACACGCCAUCUUCCUCGUCUUCAGAACGGCCCCUCCCGGCCGGGCGCCGCCGUAUUCCAUGGCGCCGGCUGUGGAAGAGCACGUUCGAGGGCGUGCAGAUGGUCAUUCUGGGCGGCAUUGCGGCGAUUGCGGCCGUGCUGUGUGUGCGGCUGUUUGAGGGCGCCAGCACGAGCGGAAGUGAUUGA